AGUGCCGUCUUCGCUGCCUCGGCAGCCUCAGGCGCUUCAGCCGCGUCGCGGGUCGCCUCAGGCGCGCGGGCCGCGAUGUCUUCCCGGCCGGGGCGUGACGACGCGCGAACCGGAGGCGCGCGGCGGCCGCGGGAGUCGGCCGAGCAGGAGCUGCAGCGGCGCCGAGAGCAGAAGCGGCGGCGGCACGACGCGCAGCAGCUGCAGCAGCUCAAGCACCUGGAGUCCUUUUAUGAAAAACCUCCUCCUGGGCUUAUCAAGGAAGAUGAGACUAAGCCGGAAGACUGUAUACCAGAUGUACCAGGCAACGAACAUGCCAGGGAAUUUCUGGCUCACGCACCAACUAAAGGACUUUGGAUGCCACUCGGGAAAGAAGUCAAAGUUAUGCAGUGCUGGCGUUGUAAGCGGUAUGGUCACCGAACAGGCGACAAAGAAUGCCCUUUUUUUAUCAAAGGCAACCAAAAAUUAGAACAGUUCAGAGUAGCACAUGAAGAUCCCAUGUAUGACAUCAUACGAGAGAAUAAAAGACAUGAAAAGUAUGUAAGGAUACAGCAGUUAAAACAGUUACUGGAGGAUUCCACCUCCGAUGAAGAUGGGAGCAGCUCCAGCUCCUCAGAAUGUAAAGAGAAACACAAGAAAAAGAAGAAGAAAGAAAAGCAUAAGAAAAGGAAAAAAGAAAAGAAGAAGAAGAAAAAAGAAAAGCAUAAGUCUUCCAAGUCGAAUGAGAGUUCAGACUCAGACUAAAACUUGACCUAUUCCAUGUUCUCCUCUCAAAACUCAGACACUGUGGCCCCAGACCAGAGGGUGUGGAAUCGGGGAGGACUUGGAGACCCCAAGAGAGCAGGGCAUUCGGUGUCACGCGUGUGAAUUCUCACCUGCCUUCCAGCGAAGAUGUGACCCCCGGAGGGGCUGUGAUAGGAUGGAAAAAAUGGAUUCCUACACACUGAUGAGAAAUGACAGCAGAGGCAAAUGAGACUUUAAGAAGACUAAAGAAUUCCAAGUCUGGGUGGAAGGGUCCUCACCUCUUCUGGCUGGCCUGGGAUGGCGGACACAGGGCUGCACGGCGUUGGGGACCCGGGCAGCGUUGCCCACAAGCCCGGGCCGCAUCUCGCACAAACAAGUCUCGGCUCCCCAAAGCAGCAGCAGCAGCAGCACGGAGUGAAGACUGAGGCCAGGAGAGAACUUGCCGCAGCGCCUCGAACGUGACAGGCUGUGCCCAGGAGCUCCACUCCAGGGCCAUCACUUAGGCCUGGCCUGCAGCGCCCUCGUCCUCAGCCUCUCGGGCGUGCCCACCGCGCCCCUUCCCCGGUCCAGAAGAGCCCAUCCCGGGGGACCCAGCCUCUCUUUACCCACGACUCACACCCCACUCCCUGUCCUGCAAGUCAGUCGCCUCCACUCCCUCGGCACCCAACCCCACCACUCACCGUGUUCGGUACGCCCACCUGCUCUAAGCCAACCUCCACAACCCGGAACGUCUCUGACACCUGGGCCUUAGCUCCCACUUUUAUAGGCUCCGCACGCUGCGCGGGCCUCCCACAGACGGCUCACGCAUGCGCCCUGGGCGAGGAUCGGAGCCUGACUGCUCCUCCCAAGGGCACCUGGAGAAGCCUUGGAGCAGUUUUCGGCACCAUGCUCGCUCCGGCGCCUGGACGCCCUGGUGUUGGCGCUUCCAGAGGACGGGUCGGUUCCCUGUCCCAUUCGCUCUCCCGGACUGUCCCUUCCAUUUGAGUGUGUUCGGUGAAGACAGCUUAUCUCCCCUGCUCUGAGCCCCUGGUCUCCUUCCUUCUUGGGCCUAACACCGCUGACACGAAGGAAGAGGAGCUGACGGAGGAAAAGGAGAGAGGAAGGAGGAGGCCAGCCUGGACC